UUCGGUAACCCUAAAUCCCUAAUUCAAUUUGUGAAACUCCAAUGUCUCUUCUCCGGCGACGACUUGUGAAACAAUCAGUCAACUUUAGCUUUCAAAUUCUCGCCGAUCGAUCGUUCUCAACCGUGAAGACUCCUCUAGGUCGUCGUAGAACCACCGAAUUUGAUAAACUAAUCAACGAAGCUGGUUGCUCCGGCGAUUUCGAGACCGUGCGCCGUCUUCUAAACAACCGAAUAGUGCUCGGCUCUUUCAACACGAGCGACACAUUCAAAUUUCUCACCAAUACCGCCUCGUAUUCCUCAUGUUUAGAAGAUCUCCGCCGUGUUUUGCCUCAGAUCGACGGCGGUUUCUCGCGAAAAAACGCUUACGACAUUCUAAUCUCUCGUCUCUGCAAGCUCGGCCGCAUCAACGACGCGUUAAUCGUGAUAGGAGACAUGUCUAACGGGAGAUUAGGUCUAACUCCGUCGACAUUUCACCCGAUCUUGUGCGCGCUCACCAGGAAGAACAGAGUCGAAGAAGCUUGGCGAGUUGUGGAAUCGAUGAGAACAAAAUCUGUUCCGUUGGACGUGACGGCGUACAACUACUUCCUUACUUCGCAUUGCUAUGACGGCGAAUUGGAACCGGCGAGCGAGGUGGUGCGUAAGAUAGAGGAAGACGGGAUCUCAACGGAUUCGCGUAGCUACGACGCGCUUGUGCUCGGCGCGUGUAGGGCGGGGAAAGUAGAAGCGGCGAUGGCGAUGUUGAGGAGGAUGGAGGAGGAAGGCGUGACUGUGUUGUACUCGACGCAUGCGCACGUUAUAGCGGGGCUCGUGGAGGGAGGCUAUUAUGCGCUGGGUUUGGAGUUUGUGAUAGCGAACGCCGGGAAAGAUUUGAGGUUGGAUGCUAAGAGUUUUGGGUGUUUGGCUGGUAAGCUUAUGAAGAGGAAGAGGUUCGAAGAAGCGAAGACUGUUUUGAAAGAGAUGGUCAUGAGAGGAUUGAGAAUGAGUGAUGAAUUGAGACAAUUCUAUGAAAGCCAUGUGAAGAACAACGAUGAUGACUAAGUUUAAGUUUGAAAGAUAGAUUUAGUAAAACCAGAGAGAGGCUUUGAAUCGAUUAUAGCUUAAGCUUAAGAAUAGAAACAGAGAUGAAGAGCUCUUGUUUGAUCGAGUUAUUGUCAUGGAACGAAGAAGAUGUGAAUGUGAAGAUAUAUAUUAGAACCAGAACUGCUCUGUUUGUGGCAUUUGAUGUCUUCAAUUUGAAGCAUGUUUCACUGCAACUGUUGGAAUGAACAUGAGCUACAAGAUUGUUA